GACGUGGAGGACGCCAACUAUAACCCCAAACUGGCUGGGAAAAAUAUCGGAUCAUUUAUCCAUAUACAAGGCCUGUAAUAUUAUAGAUUGAUAAAAUCUCGUGCUACCACUGUCGCCCGGCACGUGGUCGUUGGUACUGGUUAUUAUCCCAUCAUCUACCCAAUAACGCUAUUAUCACCUGUACUGAGGUGAAUAAAAAUCUAACACGCGAUUUCAACCGACUGACCUUGGAGAUAAGCAUUCGGAACAAGUGUGGAAACGAUUUGGCUACAAAACCACAUCUGCAACGUGAAUCAUCCGUGCUCAACACGACACACAGCGAUUGCCGCCCGGCAUCAGGGUUCAUUGCAGGUUCCAGAUUUUAAUAAAUACAAGGCCUGUCUUUGGACAGGCACAGGUGAGUGUCUGUCCAAAUAAUUAAUUUUUACCAAUCGGUGCUUCCUGGGUCUUUUCGAUUGUUCUAGUUUAACUUCAUCAUCAUGUCGGAGAAAAAGGUGAAACAGAAGGAGCUGAAGCGACGGAACAUUAUGGACUCCAUUUCGCGCAUCGAAAUGUUCGUGACCAACUACAACGAGGAUCGAGACCUUCAAGAAGUAGCGAUACGGUUGGGUAAGCUGGAUACAUUGUUGGAGAAUUUUGAGGCAAUACAAGGUGAAUAUGAAUCAUUUGACGACUCGGAAGCAUUUAUGGCUGGUAAUAUGGAAAUAAGGGCAAACGUAGAAGAAACCUAUUUUCGGGUUAAAGGUGGCUUGGUCUCGAAAAUCCCUCCCCCUGCUCCAACGCUAGCGCAACCCCAUCCCGUCGGUCCAGUAGUUCCCCAUAUGGUCGGCGUGAAACUUCCUACAAUUUCAUUGCCGGAAUUUGAUGGCGAUCUGAACGAGUGGCUUACGUUUCACGACUCGUUUAUUUCACUCAUUCACUCCUCAGCAGAGAUACCCUGCAUUCAGAAAUUUCAGUACCUACGAUCGUCGCUGAAAGGAGACGCGCUCAAAUUGAUAGAAUCUUUGACGAUUACUGUCAAUAAUUAUGCAGUUGCAUGGGAAGCACUUUUAGCUCGGUAUUCCAAUAAGUAUUUGUUGAAGAAAAAACAUUUGCAAUCGUUGAUGGUCCACUCGAAGCUUACUGGAAAAUCUCCCCUAGCACUUCGAACAAUGGUAGAAGAUUUUCAACGUCAUGUGAAAACUCUGACGCAAUUAGGCGAACCAACGCAACACUGGAGCAGUCUUCUCGUCCAACUUCUUAGUUCCCGAUUGGACGACAGAACCCUCAAGGAUUGGGAAGAAUAUGUAUCCGAUGAUGCCGAGCCUACAUACACUAAUCUCAUUAAUUUCUUAACUAAAAAAUCCCGAGCAAUGGAAUCGUUGUUGAUUGGCACUGAUCAGGCAUCUAAUUACCACAGCAAACAAAACUCUACUCCAAAGCAGUCGAAGCAAACCCAUAACCCCUCCACCAAUCGGAUUAACAGUUUUGCGGCUACAGACACUCCCCAACCUGCAUGUCUAGCGUGCAACCAGUAUCAUUUGUUGGUCAAAUGCACAGUCUUCGAAAAAAUGCCUUUGAAGGAUAGGUUGAAUAUCGUCAACACUCGUAAGAUUUGCAGCAAUUGUUUCAGGAGUGACCACUUUGUUCGGAAAUGUGCAUCCACUUUUUCUUGUCGCUUGUGUCAAAAGCGACACCACACGUUGCUUCAUCCAGGAUUUGAGGCUACAAAUAGUAACGAUAUUUCCAACCGUCAUACGCGAAAUUCUCAUCAUCCUCAGCCAACUAGCUCCAAUUUUGCCCGAGUUGAUGAAGAAAGGCAGAUUUUCGCUUCUACGCCAGUAUCUUCGAACGCAGCAGCAUAUUCCAAACCCACGAACGUACUUUUAUCGACUGCCGUGAUUGUGAUUAUGGAUGGUUAUGGGAAGGAACAUUUGGCACGAGCGUUGUUAGAUUCGGGCUCGCAGUGCAAUCUGAUAAGUGAGCGACUUUGUCAGCAGCUUCGCCUACCUAGACAUCGUAUCGAUCAAUCUAUCUCCGGGGUUGGAGAAUCAAAUCUUCGUGUUUCUGGUUCGGUACAAACCGAAAUCAAAUCGAGAAUAGGAAGGUUCUCAUGUCAGAUUGAUUGCUUGGUACUUCGUCAUCUCACAUCGCAUCUCCCAGCGGUAUCGUUACCCUCUGUUAAAUUGAACAUCCCUAAUGAGUUACCUCUUGCCGACCCAGAGUUCAAUGUUUCGAGGAAAGUGGAUCUCAUCAUUGGAGCGGAAUAUUUCUUCACGAUGCUUAAAGGUGGCCGGAUAAAUUUAGGUACAUCGUUCCCGAUACUCGCCGAGAGUGUUUUUGGUUGGGUUGUUUCGGGUAAAACGGACUUUGAAACCCAAAACGUAACCUGUUGUGUUUCCACCCUAGAGUCUAUUGACCGCAAUUUGGAGCGGUUUUGGAAAGUAGAUGAAUUGGACUGGUCUAAUAUUACCCCAUCUGAACAAUAUUGCGAAGAUUUUUACACUAAGACAGUAUCUAGAGAAUCUUGUGGACGAUACAUGGUUAAAUACCCCAAGAAGGAACAAUUUUCUGCUAUGGUGGGCAAUUCCCAUUUGCAUGCAGUCCGACGUCUACAAAGCCUAGAACGAAAACUGGACAAAGAUGAAGUAUUGAAGAAGAAUUAUCAUGAUUUCCUCGCAGAAUUCUUGAAAUUGGGGCACAUGCGUGAGCUGGCAGGGGAUGCAGUCGAUCCACCCAAUGUUUUUUACCUCCCACACCAUGCUGUCCUUAAAGACUCGAGCACAACAACCAAGGUACGAAGUGUGUUCGAUGGGUCUGCUAAAACUAGUACAGGUUACUCUUUGAAUGAUGCACUUUUAAUCGGACCCGUAAUCCAAGACGAUCUUCUCAGUUUGGUUAUAAGAUUCCGCAAGUACAAAGUGGCGUUACUAGCGGACAUCGAAAAGAUGUAUCGUCAGGUUUCCAUUCAUCCUGAUGACCGCCCCUUGCAGAGAGUUUUAUGGAGAUUUAGCCAGGAUGAGCCUAUUGCCAAAUACGAGCUAACCACUGUAACUUAUGGGUUGGCACCGUCGUCGUUUUUAGCCACUAGAACGCUUAAGCAGCUCGCCGAUGAUGAAGGUGGCACUUUCCCACUAGCUGCUUCAGCAGUAAAAAAGGAUUUUUAUAUGGAUGACUUCAUCAGGGGCGAAUCCAGCAUCGAAAGGGCGAUCCAGUUGCGAAAAGAGAUGAGUUGCUUACUCAAUCUAGGCGGAUUUCGGUUGAGAAAAUGGUGUUCAAACUUCCCAGCUGCUCUAGACGGUAUUCCACCUGAAGAUUUGGCCACACAAUCUAGCAGAACUUUCGAUCCAGAGGAAACAAUAAAGACUUUAGGCAUAAGUUGGGAGCCGUCGUCCGAUCUAUUCCGCUUUGAUAUAAACACUAACGCAGUUACUGAACCGAUUACCAAACGAAGCAUUCUUUCGGCUAUUGCUCGAUUAUAUGAUCCGCUCGGAUUGCCCCGAUUAUAA